GGAGAAGAUCGCAAAGGCGGUGUCACCGGGAGGGGAGAGCAAUGACGUAGCUCAGUCCCUCAUCUGGGACGCAGUCCACGCCUUUGAGCAACGCAUCGCACCCAACCUCACCGAAGUGGCUUUCCUCCGCAAAGAACGCUCCAGAUUGCAAGCUGAGGUCCAAACGCUGGAGCGCGAUUGUCAACGCAUGUCCCUGAGGGCUAAAAGCCUAGAGAGGAAAGCGGAGCAGGCCGUCAGCGCCGCGGAGGCCGCCGUUGCAUCCCUUCAAUCCCUCAACAAGGACUAUGCGGACUUUCAGGCCAAAGCAGCGAAGAUUGCGGCCAGCGAGGCGGCUGCUGUUGAGAAGUACGAGCGACUGGCGGAGAGUAGUCACAAGUGGCAGAGUCUCAUUCGCGCACACAAGGAUAAGGAACUGAAACAGAAGAAGAAGAUACAGGCGCUGAAGAAGGAUAACGAGGACAAGAACCGGCUCAUCGAGGAACUCCUGCGCAAGCUGCCCUCGCAGUACUCCUCCUACCCGUCCCAGCACGACCGGGACAUUGAAGGCGAGAGUGACCUUGACCAUAGCCCUGCCUUCUCGGAGGACGAAGGAGACGAAGCCGCUAGCCUAAUCGUCGACUUAGAUUCCGUACCAACAACGCCCGCUCCGCAACGAACCUUCAGACAACCUCUCUCCCCCCUCGUAGCAGAAAGCCGCCCCAACCGCACGUCAGAGACUCGGCCCCAGCCUCCGCGAUUCAGGUCGGACUGGCAGCUCCGCCAGCCAGAACCGAAGAGGCGGAAGGCGAACCCCGAGCAGCCGUUCAAUUUCCCGAUCGACGUCGACGGGAAGGGACGGGCGAAGAAAACUGUGCGGUGCGGGACGAAGAGGAAGCUCACGUGUGCUUGA